AUUAUGAGACCAAAAAGCUUCUUCUCCUCCUCCUUACCAAAAACUCGACGGUCUACCGGAAAAAAUGGCUGCCAAUUUCUGGAAUUCGUCUCACUAUAAACAGCUUUUGGAUCCAGAAGAAGUCGAAGUAGUUCAUGAUCUUGAUAAAGAACGUGGAAUCUCAAUUGAGGAUUUUAAGCUCAUCAAGUUCCAUAUGUCUACUCAUAUUAUGAAAUUGGCUCAACACAUUAAAGUGAGGCAAAGGGUUGUGGCUACCGCGAUUACGUAUAUGAGACGGGUUUAUAUCAGAAAGAGUAUGGUAGAGUUUGAGCCUCGCCUUGUUGCUCUUACGUGCUUGUACCUGGCAUCUAAAGCUGAAGAAAGCAUUGUGCAGGCCAGGAAUCUUGUUUUUUAUAUCAAAAGAUUGUAUCCUGAUGAGUACAACAAAUAUGAACUAAAAGAUAUAUUAGGAAUGGAGAUGAAGGUCUUAGAAGCACUAGACUAUUAUCUGGUUGUGUUUCACCCUUACCGGUCAUUAUCUGAGUUUUUGCAAGAUGCUGCAAUAAACGAUGUAAAUAUGAACCAAAUUACAUGGGGAAUUGUUAACGAUACUUAUAAGAUGGACCUCAUUCUUGUACACCCUCCGUAUCGCAUAGCAUUAGCAUGCAUAUACAUAGCAAGUGUCCACAGAGAGAAAGACAUCACUGCCUGGUUUGAAGAUCUUCAUGAGGACAUGAACUUGGUAAAGAACAUUGCCAUGGAGAUUCUGGACUUCUAUGAGAAUUACAGAACAAUCACAGAGGAAAAAGUGAAUACUGCCUUCAGCAAAUUGGCUUUGAAACCGUAGCAGCCGAGGGAAUCGCCUCCAUCGCCAAGAUUUAUCUCACAGAAAAAAAGAUUAGAGACUUUCACAAUUGCCCAUCUUAGCUUUAUGGCAAACAUGUAACAUUGUUGUUAGUUCUACCAAACCUAUUAAUCUUAAAGUAAACACUAAUACACUAUUGUUAAUUGA